AUGGCUAGCGUUACUUCAAGCCUGGGCUCGAAUGUGAAGUCAUCCCAGCAGCAGCAGCAGCAGCAACUACAUCAGCCGCCAAAAAAAAUUGUGAAAAGAAUUUUCACAAAUAGUAGAGAGCGUUGGCGACAGCAGAACGUGAACGGAGCAUUCAUGGAACUACGAAAGUUAGUUCCAACCCAUCCGCCUGAUAAAAAAUUGAGCAAAAACGAAAUUCUUCGCCUGGCCAUCAAAUACAUCAAACUUCUAGACAAGGUUCUG